AGUAGCACGCUGCACGCAUGAGACGGCUACUGUUGUGUGCAGGGAGGGGAAAUUUAAUCUAAAAUUUAAAAACUUGUAAUUAUACAAAUCCACCAUGUCGACUUCAAAAAUGUUAUCAGUAUUUGGUGAGAGGACAUCUGGUGACACGGUCAGACAUCAGAAUGUUACUGCCGCACUGGCCGUGGCCAACAUUGUCAAGAGUUCACUGGGGCCUGUUGGGCUGGACAAGAUGUUGGUGGACGAUGUCGGUGACGUGACAGUCACCAACGAUGGUGCCACCAUCCUGAAGCUUUUGGAGGUGGAACACCCAGCAGCCAAGGUUCUGGUAGAGCUGGCUGAUUUACAGGACCAAGAAGUGGGCGAUGGAACCACGUCUGUGGUUAUUAUUGCAGCUGAGCUGUUGAAAAACGCAGACGAACUGGUCAAGCAGAAAAUUCACCCUACGACAAUCAUCAGCGGCUACAGACUAGCCUGCAAGGAGGCAUGUAAAUACAUCCAGGAACAUCUUACCAUUGGUGUGGACGAGUUAGGCAAAGAUUGCAUCCUAAAUGCAGCCAAGACUUCCAUGUCGUCCAAGCUGAUUGGACGUGAUUCGGACUUCUUUGCUAACAUGAUUGUGGAUGCUGUCAUGGCAGUCAAGUUGACCGAUCCAAAGGGUAUCGUCCGGUACCCAAUCAAGGCCAUCAAUGUGCUGAAGGCCCAUGGCCGCAGUGCUAAGGAGAGCGUUCUGGUCAGUGGCUACGCACUGAACUGUAUGCCAGCAUCUCAAGCCAUGGUCAAGCGCAUCACCGCUGCCAAGAUUGCCUGCCUGGAUUUCAGUCUGCAGAAGGCCAAGAUGCACCUGGGCGUGCAUGUCAUUGUGGAAGACCCUGAGAAACUGGAUGCCAUCAGACAAAGGGAGGCUGACAUCACUAAGGAGAGAAUACAGAAGAUUGUCGGGGCUGGAGCCAAUGUGAUCCUCACCACUGGCGGUAUUGAUGACCUCUGCCUCAAGUAUUUUGUGGAAGCAGGCGCCAUGGCUGUUCGACGAUGCAAGAAGCAGGACCUGAAGAGGAUUGCCAAAGCAACAGGAGCCCAGCUGCUGGUCACCCUAGCUAAUCUAGAAGGCGAGGAAACAUUUGAGCCCAACAUGCUGGGCCAGGCAGAAGAGGUGUGCGUGGAGCGUGUAUGUGAUGAUGAACUCAUCCUCAUCAAAGGGCCCAAGGUGCGCAAUGCAGCCUCUAUCAUCCUGCGGGGGGCCAACGAUUACCAGUGUGAUGAGAUGGAGCGUUCGAUGCACGACGCCCUGUGCGUGGUCAAGCGGGUCCUGGAGAGCAAGUCUGUGGUACCUGGGGGUGGAUCUGUGGAGGCGGCCCUGUCCAUCUACCUGGAGAAUCUGGCUACCUCCUUGAGCUCCAGGGAGCAGCUGGCCAUUGCUGAGUUUGCCAACUCCCUGCUGGUCAUCCCCAAGACUCUGGCUGUCAACGCUGCCAAGGACUCGGUGGACCUUGUGGCCAAACUGCGAGCCUACCACAACACCUCUCAGAUGCAAGCGGACAGGGCCGAACUCAAAUGGGUUGGCUUGGACCUAGUGGAGGGCACCGUCCGCGACAACAAGAAGGCAGGUGUCUUUGAGCCGGGCAUCUGCAAGAUCAAGUGUCUGAAAUUCGCCACUGAGGCGGCCAUCACCAUCCUGAGAAUAGAUGACAUGAUUAAGCUGGCGCCAGAAGAAAAAGAACCAAUGGAAGAACAUUGACGACCCCCGAGUAGCGCCGUAAAAAUUUGAGUGUACUAACUUAAACAAAAACAUGGUUGAAGAUAAUGUAUUAUUUGUCACUGCUUGAGGGUUUUUCUUUUAUACCAGCUUGGUGUACUGUUUGCUGAAUCAAGGAUUCUUUUUUGAUUUAUAUAAUGUGAUGAUUGUUAAAAGUGUG